GUGGUUACCAUUUUCCGAGGUUACGGCGGAAGAGCAACAUGGUCAAGUUCACUUCAAUCGUCGGGCAUGAGAAUGUGACGACGAACGGGAGUAAGCACACCGCGUACAUCCUCGAGGUGCAGGUCGACGCACUCUUCUACAUCGUCCGCCACCGGUACCACGAGUUCAAGGACCUGCAUGACACGCUUGUAAAGGAAGGGUUCAAGUGUCAUGCUGUGCCGCCAAAGAAACUCAUCGGGUCGUUCAAUCCGGACUUUAUCCUCAAGCGCGAGAAAGAGCUGAGCAGUUGGCUCAAUCAAGUGUGCGAGUCGUCGGCAGCGCAGAGCGACGCGUUGAAGAACUUUCUCUUGGAAUCCAAGGAACCGCGCGUGGUUCUCCCGCCGGCCGCCGACGUCGCCGUCAACCCCGUGCCGCCCCGACCGCCCGUCGCGACCUCCUCCACAGCGGACUCCAUCACGGACGGAGAGCUCGAGCGCGAGAUCGAGGACGAGAUCGCGCUCUACAACACCCCCAAGACCUCGAUCGACGACUUUGAGCUGCUCAAGGUCAUCGGCAAGGGAAGCUACGGCAAGGUCACCCUCGUUCGCAAGAAGGACAGCGACAAGCUAUACGCCAUGAAGACCCUCAACAAGUCUAAUGUCAAGCGCCGCAACCAGGUCGAGCACACGCGGACCGAGCGCCGCGUACUUGGGUUUGGCAAGCAUCCGUACAUUGUCCACCUGCAUUAUGCGUUCCAGACCAAGCAAAAGCUGUACUUUGUGAUCGAUUAUUGCCCUGGGGGUGAGCUGUUCUUCCACCUGAGUCGCAUGGAGCGCUUCCCCGAAGCCAUGGCGAUGGUUUACGCCGCUGAAAUCACCCUCGCGCUCGACCAUUUGCAUUCAUUGGGGGUCGUGUACCGCGACUUGAAACCGGAAAAUAUUUUAUUCGACGCCGUCGGCCACGUGUUGUUGGCCGACUUUGGCCUAGCCAAAGAAGGUAUCACAGAUGGCGCGGAAGGAACCAACUCGAUGUGCGGCACGCCCGAGUACCUUCCCCCAGAGAUCCUCGACCGCGUUGGCCACGGCACUUCCGUGGAUUGGUGGGCGCUAGGCAUGGUGCUGUACGAAAUGCUCACGGGAUUACCUCCUUGGUAUACCCGGAACCGGCAAAAGCUCUUUGAUCGAGUCCGGCAUGCCCCGCUUACAUUUCCCAAUUACGUGAGCGCCCCUGCCCAAUCCCUGAUCGCGGGGUUGCUUAACCGGAAUCCGGUUGAGCGUCUCGGGAAUGCUAACGUGUCGGAGAUCAAAUCGCAUCCGUUUUUUGCGUCGAUCGAGUGGGAUGCGCUGCUGCGGCGGGAGGUGGCGGCGCCGUUCAAUCCGUGCGAAACCCUGGCGGGUACUGACGAAACCAAGAACUUUGAGGCCGAAUUCACAAAGAUGACGCUCAACUCUGUACCCGAUGCGACCAACAUGGGAAGUUACCGCGCGUCCAUGGACGCCGCGCGCAAUUCCAUGACGUUCCAAGGGUUCACUUACAACACGCCCAGCGAUAUCAACAACAUUGCCGAACGCAAUUCAACGCAGUUUUGAGAGGUUGCUAGUCCAGUGUAUACCACAUAAGACCAUACUAUCUGGGUAAAUUACAUAAAUCUGCCCAUGCUAAAAAAUAUGAAUAAUAUAGUUUUUAGUAGUAGUACUACUCGGAA